AUGGAGACAUCAUUAUCAGCAAUUGUUUAUACCCGAUCACCACCAACCUUAAAAAUUCUUAAUCAACUAUUACUUCCACAUCGUACGCUUUAUGAAAAUGUUAAAAGUGUUAAACAAGGAUAUGAACAAAUCAAACAAAUGAAAGUUCGUGGUGCGCCUGCUAUUGCCAUAGUGGCAGCAUUAUCUUUGGCUAUAGAUUUACAACUUUGUUACAUCUGUGUAAAUAAUAAUAGAGGUGGUGACAAUAACAAUAAAGAAGAAUUGAAAUCAAUUUAUGAAAAAGCUGUAAAAACACUCGAGUCCCCCCAAUCACUUUUAAACUAUAUUAAAGAAUCACUAGACCAUCUUAAAACAUCUCGACCAACAGCUGUAAAUCUAUUUAAUACCGCAAAUAUUUUAUUGGAUUUAAGUGAAAAUCUGGUUGCCAAAGCUAAAGGUAACAAUAAUAAUGAUAAUGUGUUGAGUAUAAUAGAAGGGGUUGUUGACGAAGCUGAAAGUAUGUUAAAGAGAGAUGUUGAGGAUAAUAAAAACAUUGGAAGAUUUGGUGCAGAAUUUAUUUUGAGUAAUUGUGCUGGCGAUGAUGGUGAUAGUAAAUUGGUGAAUGUAAUAACACAUUCAACAGCUGGUUACGGAACAGCACUUGGAGUCAUACGAUCAUUACACUCAAAAUCUUUAUUAUCACAAGUAUACUUUACAGAAACACGACCAUAUAACCAAGGUGCUCGUCUAACAUCAUAUGAACUUUUACACGAACAAAUUCCAAGCACACUUAUUUGUGACUCAAUGGUAUCGGCACUACUUUCCGACCACCAUUCUAACUCCAAAAAAAGAAAAAUCAAUGCAAUAAUAGUUGGAGCAGAUAGAGUUGCUAGGAAUGGUGACACGGCCAAUAAAAUUGGCACAUAUCAAUUAGCAAUAUCAGCUAAAUAUCAUGGAGUAAUGUUUAUUGUUGCUGCGCCUUCUACUAGUAUUGAUUUAAGCAUUAAAAGUGGAAAAGAUAUAAUUAUCGAAGAGAGAAGUGAGAACGAGGUUUUGCAUGUUAGUGGAAUUGUUGAAAUUGAUGGUAAUGAUAAUGAUAAUGAUAAUCUUGAAAUUAAAAAAGUAAGAGUUCCUCCCAAAGGUGUUAAAGUUUGGAAUCCUAGUUUUGAUGUUACACCCGCAGAAUUGAUUACAGCUAUUGUUACUGAAGUAGGAGUUAUGGUUAAAAAAGAUGGAGUAAAAGAAUUUGAUCUAGUUGAAG